UCCAUUCCUGUAACACGGGGUCAGAGGUCGGUGUGUGCCUCCCUGGGCUGUUUCCUUGCACGGUGGCGAGUGUGACAGCAUCGCUCAGGUAACUGCUGGGGACUGUCAUGGAGUGACUACACAUUCUCUGUACAGUAUACAUAAAUGAGCUGCUCAUCGGAACAUGGAAUAUAACAUCCGCCUGGCACAGCCCACAGACAGCCAGCACAUCAUGAGGAUGAUCCGGGAACUGGCUGAAUAUGAAAAAAUAACACAUUUUAUCAAACUAACAGAGGAAGAAUUACAUCGAGAUGGAUUUGGGGACGUCCCGUGGUUCCGCUGUUUAGUGGCUGAGCUGCCGGAGAAUGAAAGAAGUGAGACAGGUGUCCCCUUCGCUGGAUACACCUUAUUUGCCAACAGUUACAGUAGCUGGACGGGCCGAACCCUACACCUAGAGGACUUGUAUGUCUCCCCUCAAUUCAGGGGGCGAGGACUCGGGAGGCGGCUAAUGAGAAGAGUCGCUCAGGAGGGUCUAAGGUCCGGCUGCUCCCAGAUCCACCUGACAGUCCUAAAGUGGAACCUUCCGGCCAUUAACCUGUACCGGUCCCUGGGGGCCGAGAACCUGACAGAGGACCCCGGAUACCAAGUCAUGAGCUUCAAUGGGGAGGCCCUGAGAAGUAUGGGACUGGAGGAAGAACCCCAGGAAUCAGUAACAGGAGAGGACCCCGACCUAUGAUCGAUACUGCCCCUCAGUAACACUUACGUACAUUACAUAUGAUGUGGCGCAUACCGCAGCUGGUUAACGGAAGAAUGACGCAGAGGGCGGAGUCUCAGAGGGCCCUGCCUUGCUUCACAGAGCCCCAGGUGAUAGCUUCCAGUGUGCAGUCUCUACUACCAGAUUACCCCUGAGCUGAGGACCCCACAUGAUUAUACCCUCAGAGUUAUGUCCUUUGUCCUGGCGUCUGGAGGAGCUGAAUCCUGGCAGCUGUGUCCUGGCGGCUGUGCCUUGGCGGCUGUGUCCUGGCAGCUGUGCCUUGGCGGAUGUGUCCUGUCGGCUGUGUUUUGGCGGCUGUGCCUUGACGGCUGUGUCCUGGCAGCUGUGCCUUGGUGGCUGUGUCCUGGUGGCUGUUCCUUGGCAGCUGUGUCCUGGCGACUGUGUCCUGGCGGAUGUGUCCUGUCGGCUGUGUUCUGGCGGCUGUGCCUUGGCGGCUGUGUCCUGGCAGCUGUGCCUUGGCGGCUGUGUGUGACUCACUCUCCCCGCUGCCCUCUGCAGUACCAUUUGCUCCCAGAAUUUGAUGACCACAUACAUACUGCCCCGUAAUAACAUCCGCUAUCUGCCCCCGCUCCGUUCUCCACGCAGUAACGCGUCCAGCUGAGGCGCACUGGCCACAUAUGUGCAUGUAGUGUAUCAGGGAAUGUUCUUUCAUCCUUUAUAGUUAUUUUUUUAUAUUUUAAAUAAUUAGAAUUUCAGAAAGUAUUUGUGGGGGUGUAAUACAGAGAUUUCUGUCGGUGCGUAUUUCCCAAGCUCUAGCAAUCUGAUAAAACAUUUAUUAUAUGAAUAAA